AUGCACCAGGUGCAAGGCGUAAGCAUGCCGACCAGCCGUCCUUUCAGAGUCAUCAUAAUAGGUGGUGGCGUGGCUGGCCUGCUAGCCUCCCACUGCCUCCAGAAGGCAGGCAUCGACCAUGUCGUCCUUGAGAGACGUGCCGAAGUUGCACCUGAAGAGGGCGCUAGUAUCGCUAUCUAUCCCCAUGGAGUACGCAUUCUGCACCAACUCGGUAUUCUGGAGGCGGCAAAACGAGUGUGUGUUCCAUGUGAUCGAUGGUGGUCUCGUCGACCCGAUGGAAAGGCUAUCAUGAACAACGGGUUUUUCCACUAUGUCAAAGAAAACCAUGGUCAUGACAUCCUUCUCCUGGAAAGACGUCAAUUUCUCCAGGUUUUAUACAACGAGCUGCCGGAUAAGGCUCAUAUCCGCACAGGAUGCACAGCUAAAGAAAUAAAACAGUUUGUCAGCGGCGUUGAAGUUAAGCUCAGCGACGGCACCAUUGAAACAGGAGACUUAAUUAUUGGUUGUGACGGGGUGAACAGCAUGACGCGCAGUUCUAUGUGGGAGCAUGCGAAAAAGAUCUCACCGGGUCUUAUAACUGCAAAAGAAAAGACCUCUAUGAAAACCCACUGGAAAUGCCUGAUUGGGAUGGCGCCAGCCGACCCAGGGCUGGGAGAGCGAGAUAUGACCGUCGUUCAUGAUUCUAAGUACUCAUUUUUGACUCUCUCCCAGCCUGACCGUGUCUUUUUCUUCGUCUUUUUCCGUCUCAGCAAGCCAACCUCCUGGCCCCAACGGCAACGGUAUAGCGAUGCGGAUGCGGAGUCAUUGGCUGCCAGUGUCGCAAACCAUCAUUUAUCUGAAACAACGGUCUUCGGGGAGCUAUGGAAAAGUCGAUAUCGUGGUGCCUUGAUUCCCCUAGAGGAGGGUGUACUGGAGCAUUGGUAUCAUGGCCGAAUUGUACUUGCUGGCGACUCAGUCCACAAGAUGACACCAAACAUUGCAUUGGGGGGGAACUCAGCCAUGGAAUCGGUUGUGUCCCUAUGUAACCAGAUUCAAACUAUGAUGGUUAAACAGUGUGGAGCACAGCCUAGCCUCGCCACCCUCACUCAGGCAUUUGCCGCAUAUCAGACGGAAAGACAGGGGCGGGUGAAGCAGGUAAUGGAAUACUCUGGCUUGAUUACCAAGGUUCAGGCAUGGUCCUCCCCUAUUCACUGGUUCCUGGCCAAUUGGGUACUUCCGUUACAGCCAGAUCGAGCGAUCGCGGAUGAUCUGGGUGAAAUCAUUCGGGGUGCCCCAAAACUAAACUAUGUGGAUUUGGGAGAAUUUGCCUCUGGAAAACUUGAAUGGAAAUAUGGGAACCCGGUCGGGUCGCUGGUGAAGGCUAAAAGACACCCCGAAGCUGUGUCGUCUCGUAUCCUGCGGGUGAUGAGUACAGUUCUGGUAAUUGCUUUCGUCGUUGUCGCAGCACGGCACAUUAAAUCUCUCUUGGUCAUUUGA